UUGAAGGCGAGGCGGGGGCCUAUCGGUGUGAGGAGGGAAGGAGUGAGGGGUUGGGCGCGCCGCUCUGCACCCAGCGCGCCAGCCAGCCCGCCCGCCCGCUUCUCUCCGCCGGGAGCCAGAGCCGCUGCCCACCGUGCGGCCGCCCGCAGAAGCCAAGGGAGGAGAAGGAGAAGGGGACAAUGGAGGUUCCGCGCCUGGAUCGCAGCAGCAUGAGCAGCCCCACCAGCCCCUGCGAGGAUGUGAUCAAGAAUCUCAGCCUGGAGGCGAUUCAGCUCUGCGAUAGGGACGGGAAUAAAUCACAAGAUAGUGGGAUUGCAGAGAUGGAGGAACUUCCAGUCCCACACAACAUCAAAAUAAGUAACAUCACAUGUGAUUCUUUCAAGAUUUCAUGGGACAUGGAUUCUAAAUCCAAGGACCGUAUUACUCACUAUUUUAUUGAUCUAAACAAGAAAGAGAACAAGAAUUCCAACAAAUUUAAACACAAGGAUGUACCCACUAAACUGGUUGCAAAAGCUGUUCCUCUCCCUAUGACUGUUCGUGGACACUGGUUCUUGAGCCCAAGAACGGAAUAUACAGUAGCAGUGCAGACGGCAUCAAAGCAGGUUGAUGGGGAUUAUGUUGUUUCUGAGUGGAGUGAAAUCAUAGAGUUUUGUACAGGAGAUUAUUCAAAAGUUCAUCUAACACAGCUUUUGGAAAAAGGUGAAGUGAUUGCAGGACGUAUGCUUAAGCUUUCUGUAUUUUAUCGGAAUCAGCACAAAGAAUACUUUGAUUAUAUCAGAGAGCAACAUGGAAAUGCAAUGCAGCCUUCUGUCAAGGAUAACAGUGGUAGCCAUGGCUCUCCAAUCAGUGGGAAGUUGGAAGGCAUCUUCUUUAGCUGCAACACUGAGUUUAACACGGGGAAGCCACCACAAGAUUCACCUUAUGGAAGAUACAGGUUUGAGAUUGCAGCCGAAAAACUUUUCAAUCCAAAUACUAACUUGUACUUUGGGGACUUCUACUGCAUGUACACAGCUUAUCACUAUGUCAUUCUUGUUAUUGCCCCUGUUGGCUCACCAGGAGAUGAAUUCUGUAAGCAGCGCCUUCCUCAGCUAAAUUCAAAGGAUAAUAAAUUUCUGACCUGCACCGAAGAAGAUGGCAUCAUGGUUUAUCACCAUGCCCAGGAUGUUAUUUUAGAAGUAAUUUACACUGAUCCUGUGGAUCUUUCCCUUGGCACAGUUGCAGAAAUUACUGGUCAUCAGGUAAUGAGCUCGUCUACUGCAAAUGCAAAAAAAGAUCCCAGUUGCAAGACCUGCAACAUCAGUGUUGGACGUUAAUCCCUACCCCACUUUACUUAGGAGCCUUUGAACCUCUGUUGUCCAUUUCCAUUGUCAGAUGUUCUCUUCAGAAGCAUGCACAUGCCGCUGUCACCAAAAGCAAACACCAGUUUUUCAAAUUCAUUAAUAGCAUUUUUAAUAUAACUUCCCUCCUUCCUUCUAAUAGUUUAUAGCAUUAGGGGAACAGAAAUCUUGAAUUUUUUUCUGACAACAUUUACACCUAGAUGCUGCAAUUUUUGUUUGUUUGUUCCUGGCCAAACAUAACAAAAACCUAUAUAAACUGCUUUAGCAAAAUAAAAAUAAUGGCUUAUAAUGGUGUUUAAAUAUGCAUUUAUUUUAAUCUACUGAACAAACACUGGGAUAACUCCAAACAGCAUGAAAGGUUGUAAUUGCAGCAUGAUUUAAAUCUUGAAGCCUAGAAAUGUCAGCACUUCCAACUUGUUGUUUGACAGUGUUAUUUAUAUUAGCUAACUGGAAACAAAAAUUGUGUUUAAACAUAAUAAAUAUAAUAGAAAAAUAUUUUAUUUGUACUGUUGUAUAAAAUAUUAUACAAUCAUAUAGAAUAUAUAGAGUACAUUUUAAUAGCAAUUGUAUACAUAUGUCAUGAAACCAUUUUCUCUUAUCAAAGAUGUAGUUUGUAAACCUCAAAUAGUUGUGUAUCUGUUCCUGUUGCUCUUAGAUUACUUUAAUUAAAACAGAUUUAGAAAGGAGAUCACUCUGAUCCAUAAAAGUUAUAAAUUGUCAAGUCAAUACAGUGAAACAGCAAACCUCAUAGAAAUAAAAAAAAAAAAUCCACAUUGUGUAGUGGUCACACUUUUUCCUCCAAACCAUUUGAAAAUGGGUACUACUUAAAAUCAUGCUGAAAGAUUACAUACAAUAUAAAUACAAACGUGGUUGUACAGAAUAGACUUCGGAAAAUGAACGUUUCCUUAAGAUAGCAAAACAGGUGGCUUAUAUGCAGUUAAUACAAAAUGUCAAUUUAAACAAAAGACUAAACAUGAUGCAACACAUUUCCUUUUUAAGCUCUUCCUUCAUGUUUGGGUUAGACAUUUUCCCAUUAUACCUGCCUUUGAUUUGUAAUGAAAAAUAGAAAAUGCUGACAAUCCUUCUGUGAAAUAUUGCACUUUACACAGAAAUGACGUAUCACAAGAGUGAGGAAAAUCCCUUUACAUUACAAAGUGGGGUGUGCUGAAGGAUGCAUAAUUCCAACAGAAAAAUAUUUUUGUAGCCUUACUUUUAGGAAACAAGAAGGCCAGAGUUCCUCAUCUCACAACCAUGACGUUCAAUUAUAUACUGCAUACAUUUAUCUAUCCAAAAUAUCUUGUCAGAAUGCAAUAAACUAUUCUCCUCAUUAUUUUAAUAUAGAUAUCUAACACAGGAAAUACUUUAACAUUUUACAAAGUGCAUGCUUCCAAACAAGCUUUGGUAGUCCGAAAAGCAAAAUUUUAUAGCAUCAGGCAAAAUAAAGUGCUAUGUUUAAUACAGAACUAAAAAUCAGCAUGUAUGAUCAAUUUAUUUUACUGAAUUUUGUUUAGGGUACUAUAAAAGUACUGCCAACCAUAUUUAACAGGCCAGCACCUAGUACCUUUACAUUGUCUUAUACUACCCUUUGGCAAACCUGAAACAAGCAUUCCUUCCCUACCCAGUGAGUCCUUGUUGCUUUGCCAAAUAGACGUUUUCUCAUUUGCAAAAAACAUGAUUGCAUUUGGCAGUUAUUUUACCACUUUCUUUUUCUCCAGCAGCCUCAAUUUACUCAGCUCCAAGAAUGCAGGGCCAAAUUUUGUCCAUGUAUAUGCACCUCUCUUUGAAGCCAAUGGGAAUUGCACCUAUGUAUCUAAGGGUAGAAUUUGGUCUAUAGCUUUUUAGUUAACAUAUGAUGUUCUAAGUUGUUUUGCCUACAGUGGAUUACACUGCUUUUGAAUGAGACAGAGUGGUGGAUUUCUGAUUAUUUUUAGAAUCUGGAGGGCAUUCCCUAACGGAUUAUAAAUUUUAAGGUAAAGCGGGUUAGACUAAGGGCCUAAACUACUUUACAGUGUCCCUUUAACUUCUAAGAUUAUCAUAGUGCACUUCAAGGCUUUUCCAAAAGGAAAAAAUACAGUUCACUCAUUCCCGUUUACAUACUCUUACACACAUUACCAUCCUCUCCUACUCUCAGUUAAUAAGAUUAUUAAAGUGCAUCAGAUUCUCAGUGUGUCUAAUAACUGUGCAGAAAGACCCAGACCUGUAAAAUUCUUUUUGUUUGUUU